AAUGUUAAUAAAAAAAACUUUUUUAAACAAUAUCUUAAACGAUCCAUUAUAACCACUACUUCUUUAGAAAAACCUGUGUUUAUAACAACACCAAUUUUUUAUGUAAAUGCUGUACCACACAUUGGUCAUUUAUAUUCUGCCGUAAUGGCUGAUAGUCUUAAAAGAUAUUAUGAACUUAAUGAUAAACGAGUUAUACUUAGUACAGGAACCGAUGAGCACGGAUUAAAGAUACAACAAGCCGCCGCAAAAGUGAAUCAAAGUCCGCAAGAAUUCUGUGAUAACGUAUCUAAAAGAUUCCGUGAACUUUUCGAUAUUGCAAAUAUAAGUUAUACUACUUUUAUACGUACAACAGAACAGAAACAUAAAGACGCGGUAAAGUUUUUUUGGGAACAACUUGUUAAUAAUGGAUAUAUAUAUAAAGGUAUUCAUGAAGGUUGGUAUUCAGUAUCUGAUGAAGCUUUUUAUAAUGCGUCACAAGUACAAAUUUCAAAUUUGGAUGAAAAAAUUGCGAAUGUGUCGGAAUCUGGACAGUUAGUUGAAUGGACUGAAGAAGUGAAUUUUAAAUUUCGUCUUUCAAAAUGUAAAGAUGAAUUAUUAAGAUGGUUGGAUGAAAAUCCAAAUGUAAUUACACCAUUAAAUCGUUUCAAUGAAGUUAAAGCUUUUAUAAAUGGUGAUUUGGCUGAUAUAUCUGUGUCUAGACCUCAAUCAAGAUUGUAUUGGGGAAUCUCUGUACCUGAAGAUUCGAAUCAAACGAUAUAUGUUUGGUUGGACGCAUUAAUUAAUUAUUUGACUAUUACUGGCUAUCCUUGGCCAUCUCAAGAAAAUAUUGCAAACAAUCAUUCUAUGAGUGGUUGGCCUGCUGAUGUUCAUAUUGUUGGAAAAGAUAUAAUACGAUUUCAUGCGGUUUAUUGGCCUGCCUUUUUAAUGGCUGCAAAGUUACCACUUCCAAAAAAGAUUUUCGCGCAUUCACAUUGGAUGAUGAAUAAACAUAAAAUGUCUAAAAGUCGUGGAAAUGUUGUUGAUCCAUUUACAGUAAUGAAAGAAUUCGGUGUUGAUACCAUUCGUUAUUAUUUAAUGAGAGAUGGUGGUAUUUCUGAUGAUGGAU